AUGUUCAGAGCAUAUUACGGGGAUUCCGAUUCCACCGGGUACUGUUCGUCUUCCGAUGUUUCGAAAGCGCUCUCUGAUUCUCAGUUCAUUCUGCGUCCGAAUACUGCACUGCUCAGUUCUUCCUACUCGAAUUGCACAAAUUAUUAUGCGGUAUACUCUUUAUCUCGGUUUUGUGCAUAGCUCACUUUCCGUUCCGUUUAGUUGGAUUACUCGGACAAUCCUCGCACAAAAGACAAGGGAAGCACCGUCACUUCAAGAUCAUCGACCAUCAGCUCGACCACUUUCAAGUCACACUCCAUGGUAUUACCCGAAUGAAAAGUGCUGAUUCUUCUCUAAUCCUGUCUCGCACUUUCAGACAACUGCAGCAGAUGGAGACGACGAGAGAGACGGCGGGGACGACGACGAAGCGAGCACGAUCCGGGCGAACUCGGUCCGCCACGUACCCAUGAUGCCCAAAUUGACUUCGAUCAAACAUUUGAUGACGGAAAGUUCGAGUAGCGAAGAACUGCCGCAGCACGAAGAAGUGGAGGAUGACGUGGCAACAUUGGAAGAGGUCUCCAUGUCCUACGAUGACGACGAAGUUACACUGGACAUUCCCCCGAGGAGAGAGUUCAGGAACUCUAGUUUCCGGUCGUUUCCCUUUUCAUAUCAGCUGAUGGAGAGUGAAAUGGACAGACUUUUCGAUAUGAUGCAAGUCGACGAACAAGUUCCGAGCACUUCCAAUUCCUCCAAUUCCGCCUGCUCCCGCCGGAAGCGCCUGCUCAUUCGGGAGCCCACUUCCACCAUCUACUACCACGACAUCUCCUGCUCAGAAGCCUCCCCACCACCGCCUCGGCCGUCACUCACUCGCACUGAAAGCGUGCCACGAUCCAUUCUCAAAAACUCGUCUUCGUUCGCUAUUUACGAAGAGAUCUACGGAGACCACUUGACUCCGCCCCCCAUGGAUAUCCGUCCUCAACUUCCGGACCGUCCGAUCAUGGCCUUCCAGCAGUUCCCGCCGUGCACUGCCUUCCAACCUCGACUGCCCCAGAGGUCAGAUUAAACGUUUCAUUUCAUUUCUGAUUCGUAAUAAACGUUCUAGACUGCCAUCAGUUCGUCGUCGAAAGAAAAUGCCGAGCCUCCAUCAUUCGACCUCCUUCGCGUCGUACUUCAGAAAGAAAAAGUUAUAA